CCUCGGUGUCCAGACCUGCGUUGGCCAUAGCUUUCGCGGUUGCGUGCGGCGGCUCGGCCAUCGGCAAGGCCAUGGCGGAACCCGAGAUGUGCCUGAUUUGCCAUGACUGCCUGCUCGAGAAACCGGUGAGCGUGCCGGAGUGCGGUCACGCCUAUCACAGGGAUUGCCUUGCGAGCUGGCUGGCGCAAUCCAAAGGCGAGUGCCCCCAGUGCAAGCAGCGCUGCAGUCUCGAUCAGCUGCGGCACCUGGAUCUUGAGGCAGUGCCCAUUGUGAGCGUCAACAACGCGCAGCUGCAAGAGGACCGAGACGCAGGGCCCGAGCAAAGGCGCCAGACUCACAUCGAGCUGCGCGCGCGGCGGCGUAGGAUGCUUGAGCGCCUGGGCAACCUGGGAGCGGAGCUCGAGAGCGUUGAGCAGGAGGCGGUCCAGCAGAGAACGACGAGGAGGCAGCUGGAGGAGGAAGGCCCUCGGAAGGAGGAGGAGAAGAAGGAUUUGGAUCACGAGAAGCAGCAACAACAUCUGCAAUGCGCUGAGAUGCAGAUGCAUCUCGACCAAGAGCAGCAGAAGCAGCAUCAAAAACUCCCCAUUGCGCAUGUCCGGGAGGAUGACCCCGACGCGCUGGAGGAGCGGCGGAAGCACCGGCCGCAGACCUCGGAUCGCUGCCAAGCGCUACACGGAUCUCUCCACAGCUCCCGGGUGCGGGAGGCUGAAUUGCAGCAGCUGGCGCGCGACCGCAAAGGCAAUGCUGAUCAGGUAGAGCAGGAUCUGUCCCGGGUGCGCAAGGAGGUCGACUCCCUUCGUCAGAAAUCGAAGGAGGCUCCGAGCUCCAGGAACGAACUGCCCAGCAGCCAGGGCAUGUCGUCGGACUCUGGCCUCAGUGCGGCGAAGCAGGAGUUCUCGAGGCGCUACUCCACUGAGUCGACCCUGUCUACGCCGCCGUCUCCAGCGGUUAGUGCGCGGGCACUGCGGCCUGUAGCCACACCGUGUCCGAAAGCAAAUGUGCAGCCGCUGGAGGAUGAGGACAUGAUGGACUUCGCAGCGCCCGCCAAGCUGAGGAAGAAAGGUAGCGUCGGCUUCGGCUUUGGGCGCGGUCACCGCGAUGCGGGCUGUGAAGUGCGGAAGCAUGGAUAGCAUGAUGGAUUACAUCGGUGACACAACAUCUAAGAACAAUGAAGCAAGAAUUGUUCCUGGCAGAGUGGGUUGCCACCGGCAGCACCGAGCUUGGAAGCACGCGGCACACGUGCCAUAAUCUGCUAAGUCCGAUUCAUCAGUUCGCCUCUGUUUUCUUUGGGUGAUUCACUCACCUUGUCCAUACGACCAGUUGUGCGACUUCCAGCUAGAGCUUUGCCUCUUGCGAUGGUUCUCCUUUCGCUUCUGCCAUCAGGCGCUUGGUGCGAAUCCGGACCGCCGCAGGUGAGACACAGCACGGCGCAAGAGGCGGUGGCUCAGCGGCGAAAGCCACACCAGAGUCUCAAGGCUCUCUUCGCCUGAUCGCAUAGGUUGCCCGUGUUUCUUUUAAUGCCUGUAAUUCGCAGCUCCUCGACCUGUCAAACGAGAAAGAGGU